ACAAGCAAGCAAAGUUAUUGACUAAACAGCAGGGAGAAAGAAUUGCUUAAAAGUUAUGUAAAAUUGCAGCUAGGCUUUGAAGGAGGCCUCCACAUGGCCAAGUAUAUGUUCUUGGCCCCCGGGCUGACGCUGCCCUUCAGCCCUCUUUCUUCUGAAGCUUUCGAAGAGAUCAAACGCCAUGCAUGCCGAGCCUGGGAACAGCACACGCAAGAAGACGCCAGCUGCUCCACCACCUAUUCUGGGGCUUACGGAAAUAAAAAGCUGGAUGGCUCCGCAUAUUGCCACGUCACCCCCUCCUCUCCUACCAGGAUCCACAAGCCUCAUCCGCCAGAAGUGUUUUUGAUAAACCGGCUUCAUCAUCUUUCUGGAAACUACGGCAAUCCUAAACAUGGUGUGACAACUGACAAGGGCUGUCAUCCAAGUUUCUUAAAGUCUUCAAGUAAUAGGAAGAAAUUUCAACACCAUUCUCAAAAAGUGAGUAGAGCACUAGAUAUUUGUGUGUUUGUGUAUGUGUCGCUUGAGGACCAACUACUCAUUAUGUGCAAAUGGAUGUGAAUGUGAG